AUGACUUGUAAGGAAUUUAGUCAUGGUACAUUCCCUCAUAAUAGUAAGUGGCUACCUCAGCCUACACUCUCGGAGUCUUUAACGACAACGGCUUUAAAUAAAGGAUGUCUCGGACGUGGUGUCAAUUCUUUGGAUUUAGAUGAAAGCUCGGAAGAAAAAGCCAAAUCUAAAACAAAAUAUGGACGGCGCGAUACGCACUCCCACAGAGACAGAGAGACUUUGUCAUAA